AUGACUGUCGCUGCAUUCCGGCUGUUCCGUUUCCGGGCCUCGAGCGAGAAGCUGCCCCUGUGUCUGUCACCAGCCACUGCAUUGCUGACUACGUUGCUGACGUUUCUGCUGACGUUGGGGACGUCUACUGUUAAUGCACAAGAGAGAUGCUGUGGGGGGAUUCAAAAUGGAAGAGAGGGGGGAGGCUGCUGCAUCAAUGCUAAGAAAAGAAGGAAUGCUUUUGUGGUAACUAGCGAGCAGGGUGUCAUCGGCAGAGUUACCACAAGCGAGAUUUUACGUAUAAAAAGGGCCAGACGUUUUCAAGAUUAA